AUGUCUGCAACUCAGCUGCUUAACCCCAAGGCGGAGUCCCGGCGGAGAGGAGAUGCCCUGAAGGUCAACAUCGGCGCCGGAGAGGGUCUGCAAGAUGUCCUCAAGUCGAAUUUGGGUCCUUCUGGCACAUUGAAGAUGCUGGUCGAUGGUUCGGGCGGAAUCAAGUUGACUAAGGAUGGAAACGUUUUGCUCCGGGAGAUGCAAAUCCAAAAUCCCACAGCUGUUAUGAUUGCUCGCGCUGCGACAGCUCAAGAUGAUAUUACUGGUGAUGGCACAACCUCCGUUGUGUUGUUGGUUGGAGAGCUCCUGAAGCAGGCCGAGCGUCACAUUUCCGAGGGACUGCACCCCCGAGUGAUCACCGAUGGUUACGAGAUCGCCAAGACAGAGGCUCUGAAGUUCCUCGACCAAUUCAAGCUCGAGAAGCCCAUUGACCGGGAGCUGCUCCUCUCUGUCGCCCGUACCUCCCUCUCCACUAAGCUCAACAACGCUCUUGCUGAGAAGCUUACCCCCGAUAUUGUUGACGCCGUUCUUGCCAUUCACCACGCCCCCGAGAAGCCCGAUCUGCACAUGAUUGAGAUCAUGACCAUGCAACACCGCACAUCCGCUGAUACCCAACUCAUCCGUGGUCUGGCCCUUGACCACGGUGCCCGCCACCCCGACAUGCCCAAGCGCGUGGAGAACGCUUUCAUUUUGACACUGAACGUCAGCUUGGAGUACGAGAAGUCUGAGAUCAACUCUGGUUUCUACUACUCAACUGCUGAGCAGAGAGACAAGCUGGUGGAGAGCGAGCGCAAAUUCGUUGAUGCUAAGUUGCAGAAGAUUGUUGAUCUCAAGAAGCAGGUCUGCGGCAAUGACCCCAAGAAAGGCUUCGUUGUUAUCAACCAGAAGGGUAUUGAUCCUCUUAGUCUGGAUGUUCUGGUCAAGAACGGUAUCAUGGCUCUCCGCAGAGCUAAGCGCAGAAACAUGGAACGUCUCCAGCUGGUUUGCGGUGGUGUCGCCCAGAACAGUGUUGAAGAUAUGACCCCCGAUGUUCUUGGCUGGGCCGGCCUAGUCUACGAGCACCAGCUUGGUGAGGAGAAGUACACCUUCGUUGAGGAGGUCAAGGACCCUAAGUCUGUGACAAUUCUCAUCAAGGGCCCCAACCAGCACACCAUUGCUCAAGUUAAGGAUGCCGUUCGUGAUGGUCUCCGCUCCGUGUACAACACUAUCGUUGACGGCUGUGUCAUCCCUGGUGCUGGUGCCUACCAAGUCGCCGCUGCCGCUCACCUCAAGUCAGACGCCUUCGGCAAGACCGUCAAGGGCAAGGCCACAUGGGGUGUUGAGGCUUUCGCAGAUGCUCUCCUGGUUAUUCCUAAGACUCUCGCUGCCAACUCUGGCCACGAUGUCCAGGACUCCCUGGCCGCCAUGUGGUAUGAAGGCAAGCAAGGCAACACCGUCGGUCUGGAUCUGAACACCGGUGAGCCAAUGGAUCCCGUCCAGGCUGGUGUUUUCGACUCUUACCGUGUUUUGCGCAACUGCAUUGCCUCCAGCACUGGUAUCGCGUCGAACCUUUUGCUCUGUGAUGAGUUGCUGAAGGCUCGCCAGAUGAGCAGGGCGAGCGGCCCUGGUGGUAUGGAAGAGUAA